UUGUUUCUAAAACGGACCUAGAUCAAUAUCAAUAAAUCGCCAACCAUACGAUCCCCCAGAACGCCUUCUACCGCGUAUCUCUGCACUAUAAAACUCUGUACUAUAAAACUCUGUAGCCAAGAGUAAAUUCAGCCAUAAUCAUGUCGGGACUCAACGAUUUCCUAGUCAUAUUGCAAGACAAGCCGGGCAUGUUGCAGACGCGCCUGAGCAAUGUACAAGCGCAUAUAGAUCACCUGAAGGGCCUUGUGGAAUCCGGUACCGUCGUCAUGUCUGGACCGACUCUUUCCUCACACCCCAAGACCGCUGGCGAAGACCUCGCCGUCAACGGUAGCUCUGUGCUUGUUCGUGCGAACUCGGAGGAGGAGGUCCGCGCCUUUAUCAACGACGACGUCUACGCCAAAGUCGGUGUCUGGGACCUCGAGAAAACCACUAUUAUCCCAAUCAAGUGCAUGGUACGAAAGCCUCUAUGAAGCGAGGUUGUACUUGGAUCGCCGGGUUUGGAUUAGGUACCUCAUUUGCCUACGAGACUUCAUGUAGUGCUAGUUUCUGGGAAACAGAACGAAGGGCAUUUUAUUAUAUUAGUUAGGAUAUAGUAUUAAAACCUGCAUGGAGUCUUCCUGUUCGGCCAUCCAGGACGUCGUGGUCGAUUGUGCAGAACCGGUGACCUAGUUCGGUAUAAAUCUAACGGAUCAUGGCUUCUUGGCCUUCUUCCCUAAGUCUACCACUUUCACCUUGCCUAAAGUGUAUCGGCUUGCGAUACACGUUAGC